AUGUUCUCGCCGGCAGCUGGCCCAUUCCAGCAGAGACAUCUACAAAGCAGCUCUCAGACGCCCUUUCAGCGCCUCAAGCCAGUGUGCGUUGAGCUACUUUCUCUCGCUGGACGGCGGACAACAGUCACAACAACACAAUCGCACCAAAUAGUAGAAUGUCUACGUCGACUCAAGAUCACUCUCAAAGCGUUUCUCUCCGAGACCAAUACACACCUGGGCGAUUCAAGAAGCCCAACUGCCUCAACGUCAAAAUUGAUUCCUGCUGGCGCAGAAGACGUUCUCACCCCCCCUUUAAUCAAUUACGUCUUCUUCCCAUUAUCCGAGCUCAUCAACUCCGCUCCAAAGGGGAUCACGAGCUUGCCAGACUCGGUAGCUGAGGCUACUCUGGAUGUAAUACAGCUACUGUGCAGUCAGUGGUGGAAAAGUUGGGCUUCAGAGUCGUCAGGAGCCAAGCACUGGCAGGUGUGGUGCGACCUCGUCAUCCUUUCUAGUUCCGUCCUUGGCUCUCCUGCAAGUAAAGACGGCAAUCAAGCGAGUACUACGGUCCGUCAUAACGAUGAGGUGAAACUUUCAGCGAUUGCCGUGCUCGACGAGCUGCUCUGCCCGCGCUUCAAGCCUUUGCAAUCGAUAAGCACGACUGGGCAACAAAAGGUGCAAGAGGCCGAUUGGGAAUGGGAUGGUGUAUCGGAUCUUCCGCUGCUAGACGAUCAAGAAGACGUAGCUGAUAAUGCUGGCAACUACAACGCUUGUAGCUCAAGAGAAGAUGUUAGGCAUGUCUUCCCGACUCCCGCACAUCUCUCUUACGUGGCUACAGACAGAGUUGCAAAGGGCGCAAUCAGCUUCGUCCUUUCCUCUUGUCUCACCCUCGCAGAGUCGUCCCGCGCCUCAACCGAGGUGCGAUCGAGUGCUAUCGGUGCAGCUCGUCAUGCGCUCCUGCUAUGGAUUGGCGGCCUCUGCCAUCUACCCUCAGCAAUCGUACGGGUGGCAUCGUGUCUCGAAACUCCAUCUCUCUGCUACAUCGACUUCCCCUCAACUCCGCCUGACAACAAAAGUACAGAAGAAAUAUUGCCACAGUUGGCGGCAGCUCAUCGCCUACGCCCGCUCUUGCCCGGAAUCACGUCAUCGCUUACGCGCCUCGCCACGAGCAGGGUCAAGUCGAAGCAAGAUGGUGCAAAGCCAAAGCCAACUCCGAGCUCUGUAGCCGCAGGCGCGAUCGAGCUUCUCAGUGAUCUCUUCAGAGCCACGCUGUCAGAUGAGGCGCUUUGCGAAGCCCUUUCUCCUCAAGCGAAACUCUCUAGUCUUCAGUCACAGACAGCAAGCAAGAAGACCUCCAUGAAAGUGACAGACCUCGAAGACUUUGCCGGCGUUCAACUAAUCGAUGACCAUUCUCCCGAUUCGACAAGCGCAAACGUAUCUAAAGACGACGAAGCUCGUGUCAAUCAUGCAACUACACAGGGAUUUCGUGGCCAAGUAUCAGCUGACAAAGACGCACGGUGGGCCCUGUCGACGCUGGCACAAGUUCAUGUAGCUCUGAAAUCUUUUUCAACGCUAACACAGCCCUCACUGUCGGGAACUUCACUUCCAUCCUCUGUGCACACCUCGGUUAAGAUCGCCAUCUUGCAUCUGGCUGGCGCGCUUCUGUCGGAGUGUGCAGGCUCAUUCGGCUGGCUCGACAUCCACCUGGCAGAUAUGGCUCGUCUCGAUACCAAAAUGAACAGUGCCACAGCUUCGGAUAUGCAAAACUCCUCCAGCAUCACUACGCUGCUGACUUGGAUCAUUGAUCUUUCUUCGGAGCUCAAUUCUGAUGCGGUUGCGCAGAGCGCAAAGACCGUACUUUGGGAUCUUCAAAAGAAGGCGGUCAGAGGCGAGAGCAAAGGAGACCUGAGGGAACCGGUACAACUUAGCAAUGGAUCCAUUCUUUGGUCGGUACUAAUGCAAGCGCUGAACAGCCUUCCCGCAGCCAUAACUGAUCAGGACGACGGCAGGGUUUCGAGGCUCGCUUUAAGAGUGGGUGCAGUUCUCGAAGUGCUCCACCAGCAUAUGACCCGUUACAGCUUAGCCUCCACCGGCGGUAGCACAUCCAUCGGACUCGCAAAGCUCGCACACGAUCUGCAAGAUACCUGUGUGCGACUCCUUCGCCCACUCAAAGUCGACCGACUGCAGUACGUCGAAGAGACACUACAAUUUUCCACAUCGACGACAUGGCGGCUUCAGCCCACCUUCUGUGGCUUGGAAGCGAGUACAUCCUCGCAACUUAGUCGGAUGUUUUACAAGCUCGGACGCUCGCUUGCCCUCUCGCAUGUCCACGAGAUCAAGCGGAACAAAGCUGGCACAAAACUCGACCUCAAUCACAUGUUUUCAUUGGUUACGUUCCUCAUAGCAGAAGCUUCGCGAUCGAGAUCUGUCAGGCUCAGCUCGGUAGGUGUUGGAGGCGCCCUAGAUCAAGAUGCGGUCCUGCGGGACGAAAGCCUGGCAUCACUUGUGGUGGCGACCGAUCUAUUGCGUGGUGUGAGCAGCUGUCUGGAUAAUCUGGAACUUGGAUUGCAAUUCAGCGAUAUGGGUCCUGGGGCAACGCAGGCAAGCAGGCUGGCGAGGAAGGUGGCGCAUAAAUUGGGGAAAAAAGUGUUUGCUUCAGUAAUGGACAUGUUCGAUGGUGAUGCGGAGGAAGCGAUUCGUUUGCGAUCUGAUCGGGACUUAAGCAAGAGAGUGUCGGAUCAGUAUCCGGACGAUGCUAUUGCCACAUCUAAGCAAGAGCUUGCACAAGUCGGAUCUUACUCCGAGAACACGAUCGUCGAGCGCGUGAAAGGCAUCUCGCUAGCACCUGACAACAUCAGUUCCUCGACACCAGCACGACACGGCACUGCACUUGACCUAGGCUUUGUUCGAGCGGCAGACCUAUCUAGAACUUCUCGUGGCAGCCAGGCGCAAAACCAACUCUCGAUCCAGCAUCGAUAUCGUCAAGCCGAGCGCCAGAUAGAUUGGUCCAACGCUCUACUAUUCAGCUUGCUCGGAAGCUCGUCCAAGCUGCUAGGCCAGUCAUUCCGGAGCCUGCUUCUGCAUGGCGCAUAUCCGUUGAUCAGCGGUAUGUGCGCUUCAUCGAGCGCAUCCUCGGACCUUGUUCGCCAGGCUUCGGCCUCCGCCACCAAGGACAUUGCGUUCAAUACGGCCUACGCGGACGUUAAGAACUGCCUGCUGGAUCACGCCGAUUACAUCCUCGGAUCCGCCUGCCAAAGGCUCAUCAGUGGGCUGGAUGAGGAACUUCGAGCGAUCGCAUCUGCAUCGAACUCUGGUAGAGCGGACUGGUCCACCACACUCGCGCUCAAGACUGGAGAACAAUCACUGGUCGUACUCCCCCUCGUAUCUGCCCAACGUGCACCCUUUGUGCUGAUCGAAAUGAUCCGCGUCCUCGGGUCGGAAAUUAUCCCCAUGGUCGAAGACGCGCUCGACGAGAUUCUCGAUGCUCUAGACAGAUUUCACCACCAUCCUAGCAUUUGCGACGGGCUGCUUGCCGUGCUCGAUGCGAUCCUGGAAACGAUGGCUAUGGAACAAGCUACCAAGCUUCCCACCUCGGUCAAGAUCAAUUGGAGAGAUUCUGUCGCAAGCGAAUGGAAGCGAGACGAGGUGGAUAUAUUCAAGACGUGGAUUGAGGCGCGCAAACGUGAUGCCAACGCUUUCGACGACGCAACACUGUCCGGAGAGCAUAGCAGUGCUGGUGAAAAGGAGGAAGAAGGCAAGCCGAACAAAAGUCAACAAGUAGCAACGCAGAUCCUCAUAAAAGCAAGCAUGUUUCUUACGCACCCUUCGCCGAUCCUGCGCUCGCGCGUCCUCGGAUUGCUCCGACACGGAGUCGAAACGCUGGCACCUCAAGCACGGACCGCUGAGUUGUUGCCGAUCGUCAACUCUGCAUGGCCGUUUGUCAUGACGCGUCUGGGAGCGGCCUACUCGAAUGCCAAAGCCUCAACUACUAGUCGACUUGUUCCGAUUAUCGAUCUGGAUGCCUCGAGAAUCAGAAAAAGCGCGAGGGGGAGGGACGAGGCAUGGUAUAGCAAGCUGGAGCAAGGGUUUGUGGAGAGGGAUGCUGGGGUUUGGGUGGCAGCGGCCAAGUUUGUCGAGGCGACGGCCAGGAUGGUGCCUGAGUUUGUGGGAAAGAGGAUUGUCGAAGAUGCAUGGCCGCGCUUUGAGGCGUUGUUGACGUUGGUGAGGUACAGGUUCGAUGCGAGGAUGGCGAGAGGUGCUGCUGCCUCGAACGCGGGGUCUGCAGCGCAGUUGAAUUCAAAUGGACGCGAGAACUCGGUCCUUCUCGAAUCUGAAAACCCUGCAUCUUCAAGCGGUCCAAUCAUAUCACUCAUACAGACCUCCUCCUCGUCCUCUUCGUCAUCUCGAGCACCACGUCAAGAUUCAAGCGCGCAUACCCAUGUUGAUGCUCCCUUCAUUCUACCUUCCACCACGAGCCUUCCCGCCCAACUCACCCUCUGCAUUGUCAACACACUCGUCACCGUUGUCCGACACCUCAACGCGCGCAUGCCCGAUGAAACCGCUUGGAACAUCACCACUCACGAAACCCUGCUUGGACUACUCGACGCUCGACAGCCGGCUGCGAUCCAACGCGCCGCCGAACAGCUCUAUGUUGAACUCGGCAACCGUAGCCCUGCCGCUACCACGUGGGUUAUCCAAUCCGCUUUCCCUACAGCUGCGAAGUCAGCAUCCCUUCUAUCUGCAUCGACGCCUUGCUUCAUGCAUCACGCACGGUCUAACUUUCAUGCAGAGACGGUGUAUCGCCUGCUGGACUGCUUUGCAGGAGUUUAA